GCUUUCGGGAUGAAACCGCUCAGAAGAACCAGCAGGAGAUGGCAGCUGGCCUGAGCAUGAGAAAGCUUUGGUACCAUUCCCAGUUCUCACCAGGACUCCUGAUUAGAAGACACUGUCCCGUGCAGAGAGCCACGUGUGAAGGGGGCGUGGAGAAAUUGGCCCACAAGCCACCAAGUGAUCCGAGGUUUGGAAAAGGAGCUGGGAAUGACUCCCAGGGGAAUGGGCUCUCACCUAGCCGCCCCCUGGCGACCCGAGGAAGCUGUGAUCAAGGCGCCUUGGACCCCCUCAUCCCCUCGGGAAUGAAGGCCCUCGGGGUGCUCCUGGUCUUCACGUCCUGCUUGGUAGCCCCCACCCACAGCAGCUUCUGGCAGUUUCAGAGGAUGGUCAAGCACAUCACAGGGCGGAGUGCCUUCUUCUCCUACUAUGGCUAUGGCUGCUACUGUGGGCUCGGGGGCAAGGGGACCCCCGUGGACGACACUGACAGGUGCUGCCUGGCCCACGACUGCUGCUACGAGAAGCUGAAGCAGCUGGGCUGCCAGCCCUUGUUGAGCAGCUACCAGUUCCACAUCGUCAACAGCACCCUGAUCUGUGAGUGCGCCCCUGGUCCUGGUGUCGGCUGCCUCUGUGGGCUGCGGGCCUGCGAGUGCGACAAGCAGUCUGCAUACUGCUUCAAAGAGAACCUGCCCACCUACGAGAAAAACUUCAAGCAGUUCUUCCUGAGCCGGCCCCGGUGUGGCAGGCGUAAACUCCAGUGCUAGGGGGCCACGGGAAACCCUUGUCUGUCAGUAUCCGCUCUAGGAUCGCUUCCGGGAAGCCCUCUCCCAUCAUCCCAACAGGCUCCAAUCCAUGCAGCUCACUCGCCAGCAUCUGGCUGGGAAUACUCCUUUGUCAUUCAGCACCAGAGGGCUGGAGAACAAAGACAAAAUCCUGGCAUUCAAUGGAGGGAGACAGACCAUACAUGUAUCCACAAAUCAGUGACACAUUCCCAUGGCAGUAGGGGUGGGAGACAAUGAAACAAGGUGACAGCAUAGAGAUGUCCCCAACACCCACCCUAGGGAGUUCCCAGGAGGGAAGAAGCCCCAGGAUCUUCCCUAAAGUCUCCCUCCACCCCCACCCCAAAUCAGGAUGCAGGGCAGACUUGGGGAAUGGGCCCACAGUCCAGAUCUAGUUGUGAGCAGAGCGAGGUCUUGGCACACACGCCACGGAUCCUUGAGGCACACUCGGAGCUUGUCUCUUGUUGGCUCGAGUUCUGCCUUCUGAAAAGGCUCAGGGGAGAGAAAAUUGAUGCCAUCGUCACCUCUCAGGAGACAGAGCAUGAGAGCAUCAAAAAGCAGCACCCGUGUUCUCACCUCUCUGCAUCCUUACCUCCUGUGAUGUGACACUCUGCUUUUCCCAUUAAGAAGUAGAGUGUUUCCCCCACCCCUUGAAUCUGAACUCUGAACUGGGCUUGUGACUUUCAUUGGUCGAUAGGAUGUAGUGGGACUGAUGGUCUACCAGUUCCCCAGUCUAGGUGUUAGGUCUAGUGCGUUCGGCUCUCUCAGCAUCCCUGCCUCCACCAUGAGGAAAAGUCUGGCUGCCCUGUCGGAGGCUGGGAGCCCACCUGGACCAGAGUCAUCAGCCCAGUUGUCUCCACUGAGUCCUCAGACACGUGAGAGUGCUUGGUGAAGAUCUGCAAAGCCAACUCAUAGCUGACCACAGACACACGCCUGAAUCUAGCCAAGACCAAACAGCCGCCCGGCUGAGCCCAGGCCGAAUUGCCAACUUGCAGAAUCGUAAGCGAAAUAAAGGCUGCUGUUUCAAGUC